ACUGAGGUCGUGCUGGUAGUAGUGGUGUUGGUACAGUUGUAUCCUCUCGCGGGCGCAGGAUACGCGGGGCCGCCACCACCACACACAGUCCCGUUUCGGCUGUGGCAUUUUGCAAAGUUCAGAAGCACCACUUUUUUGUUGGUCGGUCGGUCGGUCGGUCGGUCCGUCCCGUUGGCUGGUUGGGUUGAUUUAUGCCGAGCGCACACCAGCGGCUGAAGUGUGAUUUAUGCAAGCGUUUGCCGAGGACACUCGGUCGGUCGGUCGGUCGGGCUUUUGUGUUUUCCGUUCGGUGUGUGUCUGUUUGCUCGGUGUAAGGCCUCUGGAAGGCGUGUAGUGUGCCGAGCAGUAGUGGCCAUGUGAAACCUGCUAGUGAUUGUGUAUGAUUGUGUAUAUUAGCCCGCUGUCUCGAUCGUUGUCGCCAUCGUUGUGUCGCACCCCUCGCCCUGCGCGUUAAUUGUCUCCUCGCGGCAGCCCGCUCCCUUACUUCGACCCGGGGUGGUGUGCUGGAUUUUAAUUGUAGCAUCCCGCAAACUGCCCGCCAUAGCCUACUACUACACACUCUUUCCCGUCUCCCUGGCUAGCACCUUACCCCUGUUGUAUGGCUGCAAGGGGCUGCUACUGCUGCUGUACUGCCAUCACCACCACCAACCAUCAAUCGUGAUUGUGAGAGCGUGUGCAAAUGUGUGAGUGUAUGUGCCGCCGUGUACUAGCCAAAGGCCAAAUUUAGUCUUUGAUCGCGGCGUUAUCGCGUGCGAAUCCUUUUCGUCUUCUUCUUCAUCUUCUUCCUCGGUUGCUCAAUUUACCACGGCCAAAAAAGCCCCGGCCAGCUAACAAGCGGGGGCUCAGCAGAAAUAAUCAAUCAUACCAACAGCACCGAAUGUGUGUGCGUGUGUGUGUGUGUAUGUGUGUCGGUUCGGUACUACACCAACCCAGGUCCGACAAUAACGGGGCCAGGAGAGGCAGCAGCGCGAAAUAGUACCCGAGUAGCCCCGGUCAUACACUAAAAAAAGCGAAAUCAUCUCUCCCGGAGGUUUUUCGAUUGUGCCGUGUGCUCAACAGCGUGUGGUGCAAGAAGUACACAAAGAAAAAGAAGAAGAUAGUAACACUCCACCCCCUCACCCUACAGUUUUUGGUGCCACCAAGUGUGUUUGUGUGUGUGUGUGUUUGUGUGCGACUGUGAAUUGGUGGUUACGUGCGUGAAAAACCCGUUCAUUCCCAUUGCUUUUGUGUGUCCCUCAGUCCGAGCAGUGUGGCCAGUGAGCCCCGAAUGGCUUAACGGAGUGACCCGGGGGUGGCGCGUGUGUGUGUGUGUGUGUGUGUGUGUGUGUGUGUGUGAAAAGCCGCGGACGGAAUUUCGUUUGCGGGAAGGAGGAGGAUCGCACGUUCAGACAGCUCUAAUUAGCACCUUCGGCGACAUUGCCAGCAUUCCCAGUGCAGGGGGAACCCAGAGAGGAGCGCAAGAGCAGCGUGCGGAUAGAAGGCAGCGGGACGACGAUGGCUAGCGGACGGGCACGGUUGCCACCAACGCCCGGGACGGUGGGUGCCGUAUCGGCCGCUUCCUGCACCCGCCCAACACUGACCGAGCUGCACACCAACAACAAUCUGUACCAUGCGUCCUCCACCACCAUGGGAGCCGGUGAGGGUGGAGUCGGAAGUUCUGCAGCAGCAGCAGCCGUCGAGUAUCAGCAUCCGAUGCACCAUUCGUCGCACGUCGCCCAACAGCAUCUGGCGGGGGUGGCCGGUACAGUGGUGGUGGGCGCUGGUCAUCACCCCCAUCAGCAUCAUCAGCAUCACCACCAGCAGGAAGCGGGCAUGACCGCAGGCGCUACUACCUCGCAGAUGCUGCCGGACGUCGCGCUACUAGGACACGGCGUGACGCAAUCGCUGCGCAAACCGUUCGAUGCUCCCAGACACAUCCCCGAACGACCGAGCCAGCUGGCCGACGAAAGCGAUUGGAUGAGCGAUUAUGCGGAUAGCAAUCUGAAGCGGCGCAGCUCCAUCUCGAAAGACUACCUACCGGCCGGGGCGACGACGUCCGCGACGACGGACUGGCUAAGGAAGAGCAUACGCCGCUCGUGGACAAUAUCCAAUGCAGAAGAUGAUAACGGGGCCACGCGCGACCCGGACGUGCAGCCCUACCCGAACCCGCACCUGCCCCGCAAGCAGUCGCAAAGCAGCUACCCGUCGCUGGUGAAGCAUCCCUACUUCAAUCCCCUCUCGAUGGCGGACGAGGACGAGUACGGCGAGGAGGAGGAGGCGAUGGCGGCGGCGGAGGAGCACAUGGGCGGCAAUCACCGGCCGUCGGCGGCCCUGCGCCGCGCCAUGCCCCCGAGACAGUCGACGCUGCCGAACCCGGACGGUGGCGCCAUCUACUACGGCAGCAAUAACAAUCUGAUGCCGCCGGGCGCCGCGUCCGUGUCGCCGAAGCAGCAGCUCAGCCCGAGCCCCCAGUACGGCACCAGCCCGUACCACACGGACAAUGAGGCGGACAACGAGACCGGGUCGGACCAUCGGUCGCCGCUCGCGGCGCGCUACAAAAUACGCCGACAGUCGACGCUGCCCUGCAAACCGAACGAGAUGCAGCUGGAGGGGGGGAGCGGCGGUGGCGGCGGUGGACCGCUGCACGGCAGUGGGCCGAAGAUAAUGAUGUCCUCCUCGCCGAACAGCCGGACCAAUCUGUACUCGAAGUCACCGGAGCGGGACGGGCUCGAUACGAUCAUGUCCAAGCAGCAGCAGCAGCAGCAGCGCUUUCCCCCCUUUGUACGUCAGUCCACCUUUCCUUCGAACACGAACGACCCGUUCCUAUUACAGAUCCAAUCCCAUUCUUCACCCUCUUCUUCGUCCCUGUCAACGCAGCCUUUGCAGUCACAGCAGCAGCAGCAGCAGCAGCAGGGACCUCCGCCGGUAGGUCAGCAGCGCCAGCUGCCCACCUCCCCGAACCGGCUGGUGUUUAACAAGUCGCCCGACAGCGGGACCGAGUCGGGCCCGGGGGCGAGCGAAAGCGCCGGCACCAGCCCGCACCAGGUCGGGCCGGGCGGUAGGGGCGGAGCGCGCCCCGGCAGCUACCAAAUGACCCGCCAGGCCACACUCCCCAAUCCCGAGCAGCACAUGAAAUUGCUUCCCACCUCCCCUCCCAAAAAGCAACUGUCACCGCACAGCAUCAAGCGCUCUCCCGACUUUGCACGCCAAAACACGCUUCCGGCGGGCGCCAUGGCCCCCGCCCAGCAGCAGCAGCCGGUCGCGCCCGGUGGCCCCCAGUCGGCGCCGGUGCUGCUGCCGAUGGCGCUGGCCGCCGCCUCCUCGUGCAGCUCGCUGGUCGGCACGGACGGCACCGGCACCGGGGGAGCGCCGGCCGGCGUCACGAUGAACUCGCUGUCGGUGCACCAGCACGGGCCGAAGUUUAUGCCGAUCUCGCCGCGCCAGAAAGCCUCCUUUCUCUUUCCCCAACCUGCCGCACCCGCACCACGUCCCUUCCACUCACAGCAGCACUUCCCGACGCACCUCAACACCUCGCCCUCGGCAUCGACCGUCAGCAGUGGUGUGGUGGGGGGAGCGGCGAUCGGCGGCGGCGGCCCGAUCGCCGGCGUUAGCCACUCCUCCUCGACCUCGCUCGCGUCCGCGGUCGCCUCGAAGAUGAUCAAGGUGCGCAGCCACAGCAACGAGGAGUACACGAUGGCGCCGGCGGCCCGCGCGCCGCCCGCCCUGCUCGGCAUGGGUACGGUGAGCGAGGGGCGCCGCAUGCUGCCGGAAAUACCGACCGGGGGCGGCGGACCGGGCGGCAGCCGCUCGCCGAGACUGGUACGUCAAGAGCACGUGAGGGACGAGCUGCUGAUCGGUGGCGCUGGUCAUAGCGUUGCCGGGCACGGCCCGCACACCGCAGACAAACGAACCACCACCUCAUCAUCCUCCUCCUCAUCUCCCAAACAGAAAACGUUCGCCGAGGCGAAGCAAACGAUGGCGGCGACGGAGGACGGUACGAUGAUGAUGGGCUACGAGUUGUACGGCGGUGGACCAGCAGCAGCAGCAGCAGCGUCGUCGGGAUACGACGAGUUUUACGACGAGGAUCAAGAGUUUUCGCUCGGACCGAUCGAGACGGUCGGCUAUCAGGACGGUGAGGAGGCGGCACGAGGCGGCAACGAAGCGUUCAUGUUGAUGCAGAACCAGCAGCAGCAAAGACUGCCAUUUGUACCGAACGAUUCUAGUCCCGAUUCGGUGGGCGGAACGCCGGGCGUUAGCUACGGAAUGGCCAAUAGAAAGGAUCGGUUGCGAUCACGCCGGAAAUCGCGCGAUGUGUACGAUCAUCAGGACGAGCUGGGAGGCGGCGGCACUAGUGCCAUGAUCGAUGGCGUCGAUAGUGCUGUUGGCGGCGGCCCAGCAGUUGCUGCCCAUGUCAGUGAGCCAACCAAAAGGAAACCGGAAACGAUGCGCUCCAUCUCGGAGGAGGCACCUGCUGCAAAGCCGCCGAAACCGAUCACUCGUCGGUCGUUGUCACAUCCGGAAAAGGAUACACAGGUGUAUAAUUCGAAAAAGCUAGACUCGAGCAAAAUUCCCUCACCGAAACCACUGACGGAGCUGCAGGAUCGUCAACACAAACCAUCGUCGGCGAUCGGGUCGAGCACUUCGCCGCGCAGGAAGAACAUCAAAUCGUUCGACUGCGGUACGAUCACGUCGAAAGCGUCCAACCUGCAGCCGGGAAGCUACGGGGCGCAACAGUACCAGACACCGGACACCGGAGCAGGCAGUGGCGGCCCGUCGUCCGUCUCGCCCGGCAUCGUGACGGAGUCGAGCUGCAGCAGCAACAACACGCGCACCAGCGGUUACGGCGGGUCGGCUACGACGCUCGCCGGUAACGUACCCGGUGGCGGCGGAGGACUAGCCGGCACGGGCGGUGGUGCGAUCGGUGGCUUCCAGUCGUUCGGCCAGCGCAAGAUAUCGGCCUUCCAGCAGAUUUUGCAGCGCCAGCGGCUGCAGAAGCGAGACUCGAAAAGCCUGGACAUUGUGGCGUCGAAGCUGAUGGAGGAAAAGUACGGCAGCCGCGGUCAGGACGUGGACGUGUCGAAAUCGCUCGACGACGGUAUCUUCUCCGAGAGUGCCGGCCAUCAGUCGGACGACAAUAGCAGCGAUGAGCAUAUCAACCUCACCUACAAACCGCCCUCCUCGAAGGACAACAAAACCACCCUGGGCGAGGCGGAGAUCCAGAAUGCGGUCGAAGCGGCCGCCGUCAUCUUCAAGAAGGUGGUGCUGCAGCGCCGGGAAGAGAACAAGUGCAAACCAUCCAAUGCCAACCACGAGUGCCAUAGCAGUGCGGAUGGAUUGACCGACGAGUCCGGCACGCUCGGGGGCUACUCGUCGUCGGAAACGGAAGCUGCUGGGCGGAUGCAAUCGAUCGGUGGCCAGCAGAGCGUUCGACCGGGAGCAGCCGCGAUGCUACCGCCCGACUACGAAGAGUACCGGCUGGUGUUCUUCAGCUCCGACUCGUCCAGCAAGGAGGAAGAGUACGACAGCAGCUCGACCUCGUCCUCCACCGCGAUGCGGCAUGCCAGGCGUCACCGUUACUCGGCGGCGGCCUCCGCUCCCCCGCUGGACGAGUGCGACUGGGACUAUUUCGAGCCCGACAUGAUGCCCGGUGCGGACGAAGCGAAGAGUGCCUUCUUCUACGAGAUGCUUGCAAUGGCAACGGGCAUGGGGAAAUGUGAAGGAUUAUCCCACGGGCAGUGCGCGAACGCGGCGACCGGUAGCACAGCCAAAGCGAGCGGCACCCGAAAGCCCGACACUCAGCCACCAACGUCUGCGCCGUCGUCGCAGCCGUUCUGUCACUGUGAGUGCUGCAACCGUCGACAGAUGCAGUACGUACCGAUACCGGUGCCGGUGCCCGUCCCAGUGCCGAUUGCAGCCUUCCAGAGCUGGCUGUACGAGCAGCAGCAGCAGCUGCUGCUAAUGCACGGCGCUGGGUGUGCUACGGCAGACACGCUGGCCGGUGGCGCAUCGGCAGAGUUUGCGAUACGCACGGAUUUAAUGCAGCAGUUGUGGCAAAAGUUUGCCGAAAGUGAGGCGGCGAGCGUGCGCAGUAGUAGUGUUGCUCCGGAACCGGAACCGUCGACCGUAGGCAGAAAGCAGCAGCAGCAGCAGCUGCCCAACUAUCCGAAAUGUGCGUGCCGUGUUGGUGGUGGUAGUGCGCGUCGCGAACUGCUCGAAGCAACCUGUGCCACAUCCGAAAGCCAUGACAGCAGCGAUAAUGAGCGAAAUGCGGCUACGAAAGUGCGCACGUGCAAGCAUCUUACUGCGCGACACAGCAAGAGUGGUAGCGGUAGUGGUGGUGGUGGUGGUGCGGAAUCGGAACGUGUAUUCGGAACUGGUCGGAGCCCUGUGUCGACUGUCGGUGCAGUCAGUGCAUCAAACGCGUCCGCGGCUGGCAGUGUUAGUGUUGGUGUUGGUGGUAGAGUGCAUGUGCAGAAAGCAGCCCCAUCGUCGCCUACUGGUGCGGUUGGUAGUGUAAGUGAUAGCGCCCGCCGCUGUUCUUCGUUGCGUUCAUCUGAUCGCGAUUCGUCGUCGUCGUCAUCGGUGGUCGACGAAGCUGAUGCUGCUGCUGCUGCCGCUGCCGCUGCACUACAACUGCUACAUCGGGGCGGUGUUGUUGUACCACCAGUGCGCGCAGGUGAGUUCCCGGUUACGGCCGCCGUUCCGGUUACGGCGAGCGCAGCGAACGAUAUCAUCGCCAUUCAAGCGCAAGAUAAUAGCGGUGGCCGCUCGCGUCGGCCCGAAACACGCGAGAUUGCGCCGGACAGUAAUGUACGUGCCAGUGGUGCGGCAACAUCAUCAUCGGCACCGUCAUCAGCUGGGGGCACCACCACCAUCGCCGCAGCCGGUGCUGCAGGAUUAGAUACGAUGGAGCAGCAGCUUGCUAUUGUGUCGCCCGACGGGUUGCCCGAUAUCGCGUUAAAGCAGCGCGAACCGCCGACCGCCCCACAACAAAGCGUAGAAGCUUCAGCGGCGCAGCAGUUUGGGACAGCGCGCGAUAUGGCGAACGGCGACGACAAUCGAGUUGCGAGUGAUAAUCGACCGGGUGCGGGAAUCGAUAAGCGAACGGUAAACGAUGGCGACGAUACGCCGCCCGCGGCUAACGAAACCGUAGUGAAAGCAAGGGAAGCGGCGACGGCGACGACUUCCCGCGGGGCGGAGGAAGCAAGCGAACGCAAGGAGGUGAAACAGUGCGACCGUAGUGAGUGGUUGGGGAAGGGUUCUAAAAAUAGCACGAUGGUGAUGGUAGGGGAGGGCCAGCCGGAUGGGCACUUGCAGUACGAGCUGCUGUACCAUCUGGCCCAGACGGGCGGCCGAUCCUCACCGUCAUCGUCGAGUGCAUCGUCGAGUGAAGCGGAAAGCACCACCACCGCCGCCCUGGAGCAGCAGCAGGAGGGGGAGGUGGGUGGUGGCGGCACCCGUAAAGUCCGGGUGGGAAAGUACUCGUUCCAUUUGGCCGGCGGGAGCAACAGCAACAGCCCGUACGCCACCUCGGCCUCGUCCGCCGCCUCGUCGCUGAGGGAAAGGGGCAGCAGCUCCUCCGCGUCGUCGGACAGCGAGGACGGCGGCGAGCGACGGGAAGAUGAUGACGAUGAUGAUGAUGAUGAUGACGGUUGUUGCUUUGACGGUGAUGACGACGAGGAGGAGGAAAGAAGGCUACCACGCGGUGCUGGUGGUAGCAGUGGCCGUGGGAAGCGGUUCAGCGCAGUAAUGGUGAUUAAUCCGGGACGGGGGAGCAGCGGCAGCAGCGGCAGCAGUGACGACGAUGAUGGCGAAGGGCCAACCGAUACCGACAGCGACAACAACAACGACAAUCAAUCGAUAAAGGCGGAAGCGAACCGUCGCCGUUACGGUGAGGUUGCAGGCUUUCCCCCCGCGGGGGGCUACGACGACGACAGUGGUGGUAGUGGAGGGAUAGUGGUGCUAAAGCGAGUGAAAAACAUAUCCCCCGAUCGGGCGGAGGAGCAGACGGACGAUAAAUUGGUUCGCCAAAGUGCGGAGGUGUCAAUCGAAGAGCAGAACGAAUCGAUCGUAGGCAGCGGACGUCGGUCCGCCCCACCAUCGACCGAAGCGGCCAACGCAGCGAUGGCGCUGGUAGAUCACGGGCAACAGCAGCAGGGGAGCAGCAAUGUGGAACAACGGCAGUGCGACGACGAGGUGGUAGGAGGAAGCCGCAUAAGCGGCAAUACUGACAGCAGCAGCCCACCAGCAAACGUCGAACGUAGCGCGAAUGCUGGUGAAACGUACGCACACAACGAACCGCCGCAGCAGCAGCAGCAAAAGUUAGAAGAGAAAGGUGCACCCGACACGCUUGCGCUCGAUGCAGAUUGUUGCCAGCAGAAACACCCUCCCGAACAGCAGCAGCAGCAGGGCGAUAGCAUAAAAGUGGAAGAGAAACCACAACACCACGCACACCAUCAAGCGGGCGAGUCGUCGUCGUGCACGGACGGUAAUAGCAUUAGCAGCGUUACAGGUGUGUAUCGCGUGCGCACACCAACACCAGCGCAGGGGUGCGCGAAUGCUUGCGUCAGUGACGCGACGACGGAGUGUGAAUGUGUUGGUGGUGGCGCCACGACCAGCAGUACGGGUUGCUCGGUUGCUGCCCUGGGCGACAUAAGAUCACCCCUUACUACACCCCAAAGCAGCAGCAACGGUAACAGCAGCAACAAGUUCACGAGUCUUGUUAUGAUCACGGCUGCUGGCCCAUCGUCUCGCGUUGCCAGUGAUCAUCGAGAAAGUGUAAACGACGGCAGCGAAACGAACGAAGAAGCGGGUCUGGAAGCGGCCGAGAUACAGGUAAACGUAGCAAGUUCCUCCACCCCCACAACGGUGCUGGUGCUACCCGAAAGCGGGCCAGCAGAGCGGGCCAGUGAGGAAGAAGUGGUUCACGUUCUUUCGCCGUCCGUCGCCGUCGUACCCGAUGAGGUCACGCAGCAGCAGCAGUUGCUGCUGAAGCACACGACGGCGAGUGUAACAGAAACGACCUGCCCCAGUCUGCCAGAAUGUCUGCCAGCGCAGCGUCCGGCGGGUAGUAGUGGUAGCGGUACCAUGCAGCAGCAGCACCACCACGUACACACCACAGCAGCAGUGCAGCAGCCAUCGUCGUCUUCUGCUGCUGGUGCGGAUGCUGCUGAGCACGAUCGAAAGAGUUCAACGGAGGGGUAUGAACAAAACCCUGCGACGACAUUGAUCGCUGCUGCUGGAGCGCCGCUGGAGCUGGACCACCGCCCCGUCAUGGACGAGGGCGCCCGUAGUGACGACAGUGUUGAUCGUGGCAGUGACUGUGAUGAAUCGUACCCGCAUCAAUGUGUGCCCGUCCAGCGGGAAGGUGAAAAUGACGACGCGGCGGCGGAUGGUGUUGGUAGUGAUGGUGGUGAGAACUUUGUGAGCUUUGACUCGAUGGAGGAAGCGGCGGCGGCUCAGUUGUACAGUAGUGAGAUGGAACGUUACGCGGGCGACGAUGAUGACGGUGAUGACAUGCAAAACGGUAACGUGACGCAGGGUGAAAACGUUACCGUAACGACCGGCUCGGCCACACUGUCGGCGGUGAUCUGCCUGGAGGAUGGGCUGGCCGACGAUGACUCGUGGGUGGAGGAGAUUAGCCAGGACGAGGAGGAGUUCGCCACGACCACGGCGACCGAUUCCGAUCUGGACGAUUCGAGCGAGGAGAUGUCGUUCGCGAACGAUCGCGAGGAGGAGCUGCGCGGCUACAACCGGACGGCGAUCGAUUUUACGCUCCACACGAUCGUGGAGGAAAGCUGCGAGGAUAGCGAGAUGGAGGGUCGUGGAUCGGCAGGGACGCAUGGUCGCAAGCGAGGCCGGGGCCGUGCGCGGGGAGCUGGUGGUGGUGAGCAUGGCUUUGACGCUGGCGGCCGCGGCGGAGACGAUGAGGACGACGAUGACGACGAUGGUGACAAUCGGCGCGAUCCGGCCAAUCGGUUGUCGGCUUCCGAGUUGGAGAAGUACUUUUUCUACGGACUCAGCGGGGACGUUGGUGGUGGUGGUGGCAGCUCGAGCAAGCACGGCGGAGCUGUGGAUGGCGCCGAUGGGGCAGGAGGUACCGGGUACGGCAUGAUGCUGCACGACGAGCAGAGCGAAAUGUCGGAAGAAAGCAGCUCGCUGUGCAGCGAUGGGCACGAUUCGCUGGGCAGUGGGACGGCGUCGGGAAGUGCGUCGGCGGCGCGGCUGUCAGGAGCAUCGUUCGAAAGCCACGAUCCGGAGGACGACGAGCAGGGAGACCAUUCGGCCGACUCGGUGGCCGAUUUGGCGUCGUCCCGGCUGGAGAAGUACUUCCUGACCGGCUUCCUCGGGUACAACAGUACCAGCGAUCGGGGGAAUGGCGGCGGCGCUAGUGGUGGUGGCGUUGGCAAUGGAGGCGGUGGCAACGGUUCGGACGGAAGCGGUGGUAGCGUGGGCAGUGAUAGCGAGGGCCAUGCUAGUCCGGAGCAGCGUCGCAAGCGGCUGGUAAGGGCGAGGGGUGCGACUCGGUCCCACAGCUCGCUGGACAAUCUGCUGCUGGCAGGGAAGGAGUCGGAGCAGCAGCAGCACGGUCAUGAGUCGAUCGGAUCGAACGUUAGCCAGUCCGGUGGUGGUUCAUCGUACGAUGCGACUGGUAUGAUCGCCGGGAGUGGCGGUGGUGGUGGCCCCAGCUCCGGGAAUGCUGUCAUCGGUGGAAGCGGCGAUUUGGACAACUCUUCCGAGACGGAUACCUGCGACGAAUCGGCCUCUGCGCUGUAUGCGCACCAGGAACGGACGGAAUCGGCCUCACUGCACGACACGAUAGGCAAGCGGAAGAAAAAGUUUAUGGCCAAGAAGAUGGACGCAGUGCUGGCGCGGGCUGAGCAACAACAGCAGCAGCAGCAGCACCAUGCGCUCGCUGGGGACGCUGGCCCGGGAGCGAUUGGAUCCGAGUCGGAGGAUAGUCGAAAAACGCCGCUAUCGUCAAUUCCAUUCGAUGCGGGUGGCAGUCUGGUGGCGCCUGGCAGUCCAUCACUUCUACCAGUCGCAGGGAUCGAAAACUCGAGAAAGCAAACCAGCCGGGACAGUGGCUUCAUUGGCAGCAACGACGAUUUGCUAAAGGAGGACCAAGCGGGCUCGGCUUCGAAAGCAAUCGCCACGGCGACGGUGGAACCCAUCCUGGAGGAAGGCAAGGCGGACAUCAAAGAGGGCGGAAGCGAGAUGCUUUCAGCGGAGGCGCAACGUGCGCCCGAAAGUAGCGUCACCGCGCGGCCACCGAUCUCGCCCGGCUCGGCCGGCGGUCUGCCAAAGGGAGGCCUGGUGAAUUUGGUGCGCAAGGACAGCUUCAACAACUGGAGCUCGGACGAGGAGACGAACCUGAUGAUGUCGAAAAUGCGUCAAUUUUUCAAAUCCCUCGUGGCCGCCUCGGCCAACACGCGCAAGCUGCCCAACUCGACCGGCUCGACGCCGGGCGUGAGCGGGUCGAACACACCGCAGCAGGGUGGUAGCACGCCCGUCGCUCGGCCGCGCGCCGCCAGCAUGCGUACGAAACCGCCCCAGCUGGUGUACUUCGAGAGCGAGCUGACGCGGCUGAUGAAAACGGUGCCGGGCAUACGGGACGAGCAGGUGCGCGAGAUCGUCGAGUACCUGAGCAGCGAGGACACGUGGUCCGACUCGUACGACUCGUCCGACUACACCAGCUCCGACCUGGAGGGGACGGCGGCGGCGGCCGCCGUCGUCGGUGGCAAUCCGUUCGGGCUGCAGGAGGAAAUUUCGGCUAGCUGUCGGCAGAUCAUUAGCAAGUUUGACGGGAGCAGCGCCCGCAAGGAUGAGGAGGGUGACAUCGGCGACGGUGGCUUAGUGACGGUGGCGCAGAAGGAAGAAUCGCCGCUGAUAGCGCACCAUCGCCAUCAUCACCUUCAGCAGCAGCAACAGCAGCAUCAGCCACCGUACCAUCAAACGCCACUCAGCAAAGAGACUGCCUUCGUUUAUCAGCGUUUAGUGGCGUCCCUUUCCAAGGUCGUUGUGAACGAGCCUCCAGCAAGGCCGGACACAAGCGACGAACCCAUCGAUUCGGGCGCGAACGAAUCGGCAGCUACGGGCACGGCUGGAGCAGCGAACAAUUCCUCCUCGUCGCCUCCGCUAAUAGCGAAGGUGAUGCACCAUAUCGGAAGCCGAUUGGUGGCGCUGAUGCACGAAGUCAGCAGUGGUGAAUCGCACGCCAGCGUCUCGCCGAAACAGCAUCGUAUCAGCAGUCACCGCAAGGCGGGUCAAACAAUGCUACCGGGCGGUGGAAUCGGUGCGGCCGGCGCUAGUGCGUCAGCGACCGGUGCAAUGGGACACCACCAUCAUCAUCUGCAUCACCAUCACCAUCAUCACCAUCAGCACAUUUCGGCUACCACGACGGAGGACGAUGAGGAUAGCAGUACGUCGGAGAGCAACGAGCGUCAGCAUCAUUACCAUCAUCACAGGGCACGAGGGGCGGCCGUGGGAGCGAUAGCACCCGGUCCGACCACUCUCACCGGUGGGCCGGAGGAAGAGGAUGAGAUGGGAGCAGGCGAAGGUGGUGCUGCUGGUAUGUCGUCGUCGUCGUCGGCCUCGUACGCAAUGAUGCUGCCGAGGAGCAAGAGCCACGACCUGCUGCUAAGCGACCAGCGAACGCAGGGACAGUAUCAGUAUCCGUACUCCGGCACCGGUAGUGAUAUGGUGGGCGAGGAACGAGGAGAAGCGAGCGAUUACGAGCGGUUCUCGUGGCGCGGAAGCUUUGAGUCGGCGCUGCUCGCGAACGGCGACUCGCGCACGAAGCUGUCCAUGCUGGACAACUCGUCCUCCUCGAAAUCGAUACUGGUAGCAAAGCGCCGAUCGGCCGGCGAUCUGCUGUUUAACAAUCAAAACCUUAGCCAGGAGCAGCUGGACCGCGUACGGAGCUGCGGCAGCAUAGGCGGCGAUCGGGAAGAACUGUGGGAGGCGAAACAGCAGCAAUCGCACCAUUAUAAUCAACAAUACCUUCAAGUGCAACAGCAGCAGCAACCUCAUCAGCAACAUCACCAUCAACACUACCCGCCCAGCUCUUCCACGUCGGGCAGUCGGCGCCGAUUGUCCAGUGUGGCGGCCGACGAGGAGGAUACGGACUCGGACGAAGGCGUCAUGAAGGGAGGCAGCAGCAACAGGCUGGUCUUGGCUUCUCGAUCUACGCUACCGCGUAGCUUGCAGAACACGACGAUGACCAGCGGCACCACCAACUCGCUGCCCCGACUACCGACCUCGAAUCUGCAGACCAUCAUGCAGUCGGUAGCGUCCUCGUCCGCCGGCUCGUCCGCUCCGGGCACGCCGGGAUCAUCGUUGGUGGUCAGUGGUGCAUCCUCCAAACCGCUGUCUGCUACCACCGGUAGUAGUAGUGGUGGUGGUGUGGGCAUGGGACAAAAGUCGCAAAGUGUGUACCAUUUCCUGCAGAACAAUGUGAAAAGUGCGCGCUACCGGGCACCGGGCUUUAAUCGGCCACCGUCCGCGCCUAAGCGGGCCAUGUCCGCGCCCGGCCUGCAGCCACCGUAUCCAAGGCGCGAGCGGCGUAAUCGCAUGCAGCAACUGUCCAAUGAGGAAAGCCACAGCCCGGAGCUGACGGGAUCGACAGGCGCUCUUGGCACCGAGGACGAUCCGCACGGCAGCGGAGGUUCGCGCUCGGCAGCGGGCGACGGCUACGACCGGCAGGGCGACGGUACGGCCUCGAAUGGCAUGCAGCACAAGGGCGGAAGCAUCGUGUCGUCGCCGGUCGGAUCGGCCGGCGGGGCCAGCGACAAUUGGCCGUCCCAGUCGGACGAAGACAUCGACCGGCUGGUGGCACUGCAUCAGAAUCGCGCCAGCCUUAGCUCGCUCGGUGUACGAUCGGACUCGAUGGCGAGCGUGUACUCCGGCGCCGGGGAGGGCCGCUAUGGUACUGUUACGGUUCGCGGACAGAUCGAAUUCGGUAUGCAGUACAACUACAAGCAGGGCGCGCUCGAGAUCCACGUGAAGCAGUGCAAGGAUUUGGCGGCGGUCGAUACGAAGCGAAACCGCAGCGAUCCUUACGUAAAGGUUUACCUUUUGCCGGACAAAUCGAAGAGCGGUAAGCGUAAGACGAAGGUAAAGAAACACACGCUGAAUCCGGUGUUCGACGAAGUGCUGCGGUUUCACAUGAGCCUGAACAGUCUGCAAACGCGCACGAUUUGGAUCACGGUGUGGCAUUCCGACAUGUUUGGCAGGAACGACUUUCUCGGCGAGGUGAUGAUGGGUCUGCAGGACAAGGUGUUUGACAAUCCGCAGCCUCAGUGGUAUCAGCUUCAGGAGCGGAGCGAACCAUUCGAAGAUCUGUCCGCGUACAAGGGCGACAUUAUCGUUGGCUUAAAGUAUGUCUCAGCUGAUGCCGACGGGGGCGGCAUCAUGGGUGCCGGUAGCGGCGUUAUCGGUGGCAGCGGUGGCUCGACCAGCAGUGGCUUCGGGACGCUGAACCUGCGCAAGUUUAGCACACGCUCGCUCACGUCCAACUCAUCGUCGACCCUUUCCGGCCAUAGCAAGGGCGCACUGCACGUGCUGGUAAAGGAAGCGAAACACUUACAACCAAUCAAGUCGAACGGUACCUGUGACGCGUUCUGCAAGAGCUAUUUACUACCGGAUAAGAAUCGAAGCUCGAAACAAAAAACGCCCGUUAUCAAACGAACGAACUCUCCGGUGUGGAAUUACACCUUCGUGUACGAAGACGUUUCGCUGGCAGAACUGUCUGAGCGCGCGCUGGAGCUUACAAUAUGGGAUCACGAUCGGCUGGCAAGUAACGAAUUUUUAGGCGGCGUUCGCUUUUCGCUCGGAAACGGCAAACACAAUGGCAGAGCGGUCGAGUGGAUGGAUUCGACCGGCAAGGAGCUGUCGCUGUGGCAGAAUAUGAUUAAUCGGCCCAACUUUUGGGUGGAAGGGGCCCUGGUUUUGCGGCCGUCCCUGGAAAAUGCUAAAUUUUCCACAUAAUUUUCAGAACCCCCCGUAGAAAGCCGAGGAAUCUUAUAGUAGAGCCAGAUUCCUUCCGUACCCAUAGCAGUAAUUACAACCGCCCUUGUUCCAUUCCCUCAAACACUCUUCUCCAUCCUUAGCGCUGUUUGAUAGAACUUACGACAAGCAUAGUAAAACGAGUUAGCUAACGAGCAAAUGAUGAUAUGCGACGGACAAACAUGUGUGCUGUGUGCUGUGUGUGUUUGUGUGUUGCGUGCAGGAGUUCCAUCGAGCUCAUAAUGCACAAGGAGACACACUGACCACCACCACACACUACUAAUAAUCUAAGAUUAAGGAAAUGUGGAAAUAGAAUUGUGAUGUUGCUUUGCAAUCAACCUAUAUACAAUAUAUAAAACAUAUUGUGGUUAAUAAGAAACCCCUAGGUUAAGGUUUACGCGAAAGAUCUUUUUUCGCAAACUAGUAAGAUUUGAUAAGUGUAAUUGAAAGGAAAGCAAGGGUGACAUCGCACAUGCUUUCAACGACCAGGAAAGCAACAAUAUUGUAGAACGUGCAGAAAUUCCCCUGUAGCAUGUGGGAAGUGCGAGUGAGACACAAUGAAGCAUAAGAUCUUAAAAGUGAAAUGAGAGAAAAAAAGAGUAGAAAAGAAGGAGAAAGUAAAAUAAAUGAAAAAAAAAAAUCAUAUAUGAUCAAUCACCUCAUGCGAGAGAAGAAAUGAAUUUUUCUGUGUUCAUCUUUACCAUCUUAUACCGCGAUCAAUCAUAUCGAAUGAGAUUAGGCGAAGAAGGGAGGAAGAAUGUUUCGGACCAGAACGUUCAGAACUCUUGUAGGCUAUGCAAACAGGAAAAAAACACGUGUUCGUUUACUUCGUCACACAAUACUAGUACUACUAUCAAACACAUUAUUAUGCUCCAUCAGAGUGGCCAGACUGUGGAGCCCUAAAGCUCAAGAUUGUUGCGCCUCGAAACGAUCAGUUCGUCCAUGGUACAUCCAUCUACUGAAGGAUUAUUAUACGCUCACUAAUGGGACAGGGAAUAAUAGGAGAAGGGAGAAAUGUUUGCCUUUUUAAAAUGCAACUCUAUGUAACAGAAUUGAACGAGUAUAGAAAGCGUUUAGUUACAAACAGAAGCGAAGAAGGUAGUGUUGGGCAUAGUGAACCAGCUAGCUAAAUAGGGUAGGGUUUGAUCGUUUUGAGUUUUCCUUUUGUCCUAUUUGCGAGUAGAGAGAGAGAGAGCGAGAGUAGCGUGGACAUCGACAAUUGAUCUUGGACACAUAUCAUAUGCGCCCGCUCAUUGGUACAUCAUAUGCGUGAUAUAACAUUUCCACACCCCCUUUCCCACCCCAUCCACCUUCUACUAAUACUUUAUCAAGCAAUAGUCAGUGGACGGCUUCGUUAGUCGAGCGCAGGGCGAGCAGCAAAUCUUUUUCUUGUUAUAAACUUUUUCAUACCACAUAUUGACGCUGAUUGUUGUUAUACACUUGAUUCCUCUUGAGUCUGAAUCUGAUGUAUAUGUAAUAUGCAAAUAUGUAGACGAAGGGUGUGUGUGCGUGUGCGGUGCGGUGCAGUGGGUGAGUGCGCCCGCUGCUGGUGUUUGUGUGUGCUUGUAUGUAAAAAUUCUGCAACAAGCACACACGCACACGCACACGCACGCAGGCAGAGACGUGGCAUAAAUGCAGAAGCAUAAAACAAAUUUAGCGACAUAUUUACAAUUCUUACAAAACAAAAACCAAUCAAAUGACUGACCAUGUUUAUAUGAUAUAAUUAUAAUAAUGAUACGAUUUAUCACCAUAUUCGUUUAUUCGUAAUAUGGCCGAUGAUGAAGCAAGCAGAGAGAGCGAGAGAGGAGAGAGCAUUAUUCUAGAUGAGCCUGAACAAGCAAGUAGUCUUGUGAAUCGACCUUUGAUCAAUUUAUUGAACUGCUCUUAAAACGAACGAAGAACGAACGGCUAGAACAGUGUUAAUCAAUUUACAGUAAACUGAAAAAUAGAGAAAGAGAGGGGACAGAAAAGUAGAUGUUUGAUUGAAGUUAUAAAACUCUGAAAUAGAUACAGAUAAUGUGGAACUAACAAGAAACAAAAAACCAAACCAACAACAGGACACUUUGAAGAAAUUAUGAUGGGGAGAGGAUCAUCUCGAAAAACACACACAAGAAAAAUAACUCGUGCGCUCGAUCGCGCGAGCGUUUUGACUGGUGAUUUGUGUGUGCUUACGCAUACGUACAAUAUACACACGUACUUUUGUAAAACGAAAACAAUUGUAAAGAUAAUUCUAUUGAUAAACAAUUAUAUUAUACACACGCGGAACCAUGGUGGGGUGGUAGAACAAGCAAAAGAAGCAACAAAAAAACCAACCAACCAACUAACAUGAAUCACGCAAAAAAUCUUAUGAACUUCGCGAAUAGAAUGUACUACUUAUAGAUUUCCUUCUCCUCGUUAUACAUUACCCUAGCUUGAGGAGGGGAGAUUAAAUUCAUCCACUAACAGACACUCCCACGCACGGGAGACAGAGAUAGAGCGAUAGGAAGAGUUGUGCACGAUACUACACUAGAAAGAUUAGUAUUUAUCAUCAUAAUAGUAGAAUCAUUGGCGGAAUUCAACCAAACCCGGUCGUCGUAGUCGUUCUACUUAGCGACUCGCGUUUGUUUCGGUAGCGCAGUGGUUCGAUGCGAUGAAGAAGGACCAUUCAAUUGUUGUGACCAGUCUGUUGUGCGUCGUUGCUGAAUAUGACCACGCAGAAUAACUGAAUCGGUAGAAAGCUAGUAGAAAAAUAGCAUUCUGUACUAAAAACAAGAAACGUUGCUCCGAUAUAGCUAAGGUAUACGAAACUCUGAUCCACACAUCCAUUUUUCAUGUUCACCCUGAUGUUUGUGUUUGGACAUCUGUGUUUGUUGGUUCUGUUUUGUUUUUUUUGUGUGUUUUGGUUAUGCACAUUAUAAGAUUUUGAGAAUACUUUUGUGCGUAUUCCGUAAAAAAACUACAAUAAAACGACGUUUUUGUUUGUUGUUAGUUGUGUUCAACGUUUGAAGAAACGCUUCCUGCGACUAUUACCCCUUUGUCCCGUUUAAAAAAGUGGGCUAAACUAGCUCCAGUUAUAUCAACAGCGAGAAUGAAGAGGAGACAUCAAAUGUAGUAUUAUAUGCACUCGAUCAAUAAUUAUUAAUACGUAACAAACAAUAUAAAAACUGUAGUAUUCAAAGAAAGGAAUAUCAAUUGAUUCAAAAGAGUUUGUCUGCGAAAGACCAUUCAUAUACAUACAUUCGCUUACUCUGGCACAGUUGAUUGGGCCACUUGUUUCGUUUGUGUUUUUUGGCCUUAGGCUAAUGUAGGGAACGUUUGCACCGUUAGUUUUCUAACAUUUAAAGGGUAAUAUUUAACUGGCUUGUGUAGUAUCCGUUUAUUUCCCCGUCCCCUGUCGCAAAACAAUAAACCGAAGAACCAAAUCAUACCCAUAUGAUGAUGAUGCUGCUGCUGCUGCUUGGUACAGCGCGAUAUACAGAGUUUGUUCGUUAAUGUUGGCUCAACGCAACUGUCUUAUUAUCUGAUUGAUUAGAAUGGAGGGCGAAACAAAAGACAAAAAAAAAACACACUACCGCGAGGCAAUCAAGAAAAAUUAGAAAUGAUGAAUCGUUAGUAGCUUAUAAUUGCGUACUUGCACGCACCGCGCUUAUCGUAGCUGUUCGGUUCACACGACCAUCACCAUCAUCACCCCAUCCCGCGCGUUCUACUUCAGUGAAUGCUACUUAUACAUAUAUAUAUAUAUAUUGUACUGUUGUGAGUCGGGGAAGUUCAGCUUGUUGUUGCAUACCAACUUUUUUUGUAUAAAAAAGCAGUAGUACAAUCAUUCAUUGCAAUUUCGUGUAGUGAGAGAAGCGUUAAUUAGAACCAGCAACAUGAAGCGCCACGAUGGUUGAAUGGAAUAAUAGGAAUGGAAGGGAGAUUCAACAAGAAGAUGGGAUUGUGUAAAGACCCGCAGAGAAAGAGAGGAAGAGAGAUCGUAUAAGGAUGGACACAAGGAUACAUUUUGCCAAAGCCGAGGGAUUUCAAAUUUUCGUUAGACGCGCCGCGUCGUUCGUUGCCGUCGUGUGGAAGAGAUGAGAUUAUUUUCCUUUAAAUAUUAGUUACAUGAUAAGUAUUACGCACGAUUAGUAUUAUCAUUCCCAUUCUAGUGUAUGCUGACACAUUCAUGUAUCGCUAAUGUUAUUAUUCUUAUUAGUGAGGUUUCCAUGUAUCUGUUUCCCGAUCGGUCAUGAUCGUGGGAAUGAUGAUCACGUUGUCUUAAGACAAUCAAGAAAACAAGGGAAAAAACUGCUUACAGAAAGGGACAGUGCAUUUGGGGGGUCAAUUCCUGUGAAUGAUUUAUUUUUCCUUUUGCUGUUGCUGUGAGCAGCUUGCAAUUUCCAUCCUUAUGAACACACGGUAUUAUUAUACGAUGGCGCUGUUGCGCUGUUAGCAGAAAAGCGGCAAAAAUUGUAGAUAAAACACUAGCACAGAGCGCCGCCGCAUCCCUUGCAAACCAGACUGGGUUUUGGUGCGGAAAAAAUAGACAAAC